AAUCGGAUUCGGAGUGCGGAUAAGAAUCCAAAAUUAUCCGCAGAUCAGAAAUUAGAAUCAACCACUAUCCGCACUCCACCGGGGUGAAGGUACGAUGUACGGUGGUGAAGGCAGUGAAGGCGUGAAGGCAGGGACGGGAUAGAGACGUAAAGGGUGGAGUUUAGACGUUUAGAGUUGUCUCUGCGCCCUGUUUGAUAAGUGUAGAGGGCUGUUAUCGGCGGUACCGCCAACAAUAGUACAGCUACAUUAAAAAAGGACGGCACGACCUCCACGAUACUUCCGCUAGAGACACCUGAACUUCGUUUAUAAGCAGACUCAACAUGACAUCGCUGUUGAGAGGAAUCUACAUUGUCGGUGCAAAACGCACCCCUUUUGGGGCCAUGGGUGGCAAGCUCAAGGACUUCACCCCGACACAGCUGGCUGUCAUUGCCAGCAAGGCCGCCUUGGAUUCUGCAGGGGUGAAGCCAGAAAAUGUGGAUGUCUGCAUAGCCGGAAUCAUCAACCAGGUUGCAGCAAAGGAUAGCCCAUACUGUUCACGGCACACUGCGCUGCAGUGUGGCCUGCCGCAACACACGCCCUGUCUCAACGUCAACCGGAUGUGCGGAUCUGGGUUUCAGUCUGCCGUAAAUGCAGUACAGGAGAUAUUGCUGGGCAAUGCGGAGAUUGCUCUGACGGUGGGCACGGAGAACAUGAGCAUGAGUCCCUUCAUUGUGAGAGACGCCAGGUUUGGGAUCAAGUUUGGAAUGCAGCCGGAGAUGGAGUGCUCUCUCCUUUCCACGCUGACCGACAUGUACUGCAAGAUGCCGAUGGCCAUCACGGCCGAGAACUUGGCCGUAAAGUACAAGGUUAGCCGGGAGGAAGCAGACCAGUUUGCAUUCCGUUCGCAGACCCGCUGGGCCAAGGCCCAGGAGGCCGGUCGCUUCAAGGAGGAGAUGGUGCCCAUCCCUGUGAAGGUGAAGGGGAAGGAGGUGAUGUUCGACACCGACGAGCACCCCAGGCCGGGCACCACAAUGGAGACGCUCGCCAAGCUGCCGGCUCUCUUCAAGAAGGACGGGACGGUCACCGCCGGAAACGCUUCGGGGAUCUGUGAUGGAGCAGGCGCCAUCUUGAUCGCUGGUGAGGAGGCGGUGAAGAAGCACAACCUCAAGCCACUGGCCAGGAUCGUGGGAUACAGCUACGUUGGUGUGGACCCUACAAUCAUGGGAAUCGGUCCUGCCCCUGCCAUCCGCAAGCUCUGCGACAAGACUGGGGUCAAGGUGCAAGACUUGGACCUGGUGGAUGUGAACGAGGCUUUUGCGUCCCAGUUCCUGGCCGUCGAGAGAGACCUGCAGUUGGAUCCCGCCAAGUCCAACGUCAACGGCGGCGCCAUCGCGCUCGGGCACCCCGUCGGGGCGAGCGGCGCGCGGAUACUCGCCAACCUCACCUACGAACUAAGAGACCGCAAGGGAAAGUAUGCCGUAGGAUCGGCUUGCAUCGGCGGCGGACAAGGGAUUGCCGUCAUGCUCGAAAGCGUCUGACGACAUUGUGCUAAUCGACUACGGGUACUUUGGGAAGGAAAGGAUUCUGGAAGUGUCUUAUAUUAUAUACAGAAAUAUUUUGUCUAUUGACAAUCCCACUGCAGGUGCAUGUACCCUGCUUGGAAAAUAAAGUAUAUGCCAUAUUUUUCAUAGUUGA